AUGCAAUGAGAGAUAAGACUUUUAUACAUUUGCACAAUUCAAGAAACGUUGUACAUACGAGGUUUUACUGCCAACGGAGACAUGUCUUCCAAUAAUCUAAAAAUCAAAGUAUUCAGUGAUGAGAAGACAACCGAAGUAUUAAAAUAUUAUCCACUUUAUACGCGCGGUUUAGUUGCAGUAGGCGAGAAAGAAUGGUGUUUUCCGUACAACUUCACCACAUUCGGAGAAGAAUUAUAUAACUUUGAUCCUCGUCCGGACGAUACCUGGAUCGUUACUUAUCCUAGAUCAGGUACGACGCUGACACAGGAACUCGUCUGGUUGGUGGCAAACAACAUGAACUUCGAUGAAGCGGGUCGUAAAUCUCUACCGGACAGAUUUCCCUUUAUAGAAAUCUUGGCGAUAAUAGAAAAUAAAGAGGAUGCAAGGAAGAUCAUCAACAAUGAAAAGCGAGCGGAGAAUAGCAUAAACUUCGUACGAGAACAACUCUCUCCACGUUUUAUAAAGACUCACUUGGCGCUCGAACUAUUGCCUAAGAUUGUGAACAGCGAUUGCAAGAUUAUUUACGUUGCGCGAAAUCCCAAAGACGUAGUUGUCUCAUGGUAUUAUUUCCAAAAGGCGAACGAAGCGACCAAAUUCAAAGGCAAUUUUGAGCAAUUCUGCGAUUUCUUCAUGAACAAUCGCAUGUUAUACAGUCCUUAUUGGGAACAUGUGAAGGAAGGUUGGGCGAAAAGACACAGACCAAACACAUUGUUUAUCUUCUAUGAAGAUUUGAUAAAGGAUUUACCUGGAAGCAUUAGAAAAAUCGCUGCAUUCUAUGGAAAAAGUUAUGGCGAUGAACAAAUCGCCAAGUUGGUAGAUCACCUCAACAUAAAUAAGUUCCGCGAAAAUAAAAUGGUGAACACCCUUCAACGUGGUAUAAGUGCAAAGCCCCAUGCGUUUAUUCGGCGAGGUAUAGUAGGCGGUUGGAAAGACGACUUUACGCCAGAAAUUGAAACAAGAUUCAACAAAUGGAUCGUGGACAACAUGAAGGAUAUAGAUCUGGUGUUUCCCUGUUAGACCUAGCGGAAGAUUGAACUAUUGCAGAGUCUGCAAUAUGUAAUAACAGAAUUAUAUGAACGAUUAAAAUUAGUUAAUAAUAGUAGAAAAAUAACUUGAAAACUGGGCAAUUUGAUUUCCAACCUCUUCAUUUAACACACAAAUCUCCCUUUUAUUUAACAAUUUAAUAUAUUUACAAAAUACAUAGAGACA